CAGGGGCGGGCCGGGGGCGGAGUCCGGAUUUAUUAAGCUCCGGGCCGCGCGGGGAUUCAGCUUCCGGUUUGCGCUGGUGCUUGCGGUCCUGCUCUCCGGAGAUGCCUCCCUACACCAUCACCUACUUCCCUGUCCGAGGGCGAUGUGAGGCCAUGAGGAUGCUCCUGGCGGACCAGGGCCAGACCUGGAAGGAGGACGUGGUGACCAAGGAUAUGUGGAUGAAGGGGGACCUCAAGGCUACUUGUCUCUAUGGGCAGCUCCCCAAGUUCGCCGACGGAGACUUCAUCCUUUACCAGAGCAACGCCAUCCUGAGAUACCUGGGCCGCCAGCUCGGGCUCUAUGGGAAGGACAACCGAGAAGCUGCGCUCUUGGACAUCGCCAAUGAUGGGGUAGAGGAUCUUCGGCUCAAGUAUGGUCGCCUCAUCUACCAGAACUAUGACGAAGGCAAGGAUGAUUAUGUGAAGGACCUGCCCAACCAGCUGAAGCCUUUUGAGAACCUGCUGAGGCAGAACCAAGGAGGCAAAACCUUUAUUGUGGGAGACCAGGUGAUGCUCUGGGGGUCCAGGUGGGAGUCAGGGGGGCUCUGGGGGCCAGCUGGGGUUCUUGGGGUCAGGGGGGCUCUGGCCCCCGGCUGCCUGGAUGCCUUCCCCUUGCUGUCUGCCUAUGUAACCCGGCUCUCCUCCCGACCCAAGCUCAAGGCCUUCCUGACCUCCCCCCAGCACACUGAUCUCCCCAUUAAUGGCAAUGGCAAACAGUGAGGGCUCCCCCAGACCCUCGUCUUGUAAUAAAGGCUUUCCAGCAAACAC